ACCGUUAUUCAGCGCAAUUUCCAAAUUCCUACUGGCGUGUUGUUGUGGAAUGGCUUUGCGUACUCAUUUUGAGGGUGUUAGUGAUAUCGGUGUGUUUUCCAAACUUACAAAUAACUACUGCUUGGUUUCUGUUGGAAGUUCCGAAAACUCCAACAGUGUAUUCAGAGAUGAACUUCCAGAAAACUUUCCUGUUAUUGAUACAACGAUCGCUGGUAUUCGAGCUGUUGGGAGAAUGACUGUAGGCAAUACUCAUGGUCUCCUUGUUCCACACUCAACAACUGAUCAAGAACUGAUGCAUUUGACAAAUUCCGUGCCAGACAAAGUAAAGGUAGUACGCGUUGAAGAACGCCUAUCAGCUCUUGGGAAUAUAAUUGCUUGCAAUGAUUACGUAGCCCUCGUUCGUCCAGACCUAGAUAAAGAGACUGUGGAAUUGGUCAGCGAUGUGUUGAAUGUUGAGGUUUUUUGUGAAGUCAUUGCAAAUCAUCUUCUCGUCGGAACAUAUUGCGUGCUAACAAACCAAGGUGGACUUGUUCAUCCUAAAGUUACAGUUGACGAAUUAGAUCAGUUGAGUAGUCUUCUUCAUCUUCCACUAACUGCUGGGACCGUAAACCAAGGAAGUGCACUUAUUGCAGCUGGACUUGUGGUCAACGAUUGGGCAGGAUUUUGUGGUCAGAAAACGACAAGCACAGAAAUUCAGGUGAUUGAGUCCAUAUUUAAAUUAGAUGGUGAAAUGAACGUCCUUGUCGCGGAUUCGAUGCACGAUGCCUUGGUCGAAAGCCUUAGCUGAUGCACCUGUUGGAUUUUAUACAGAUGCCUCAUUUAUUGUGAAGAAUAUUAUCCUGUUACGUAUCCCUCCAUUCGUGUACAUUUAUUUCUGAACUUCAAAAAUUAGUAACUUUACAUCCCAAAAUAUGUAAAAUGAGCAUAUACUCUUUGUAUAAUCAAUUUUACACAAUUCGAUUGAUAUGAUUUCACUUUAUUUGCGCGUAUUCUGUUGCAAUUUUCCGUCUUUUGAAAAAAGUGACUUUCAAAACAAA